GCUUCAGCGCGCUACAGCCAGGUUUGCCAGAUUGGGAGGAAAAUCUGUCCCAAUCUGGCAACAAUGCCAUGCCUCGGUGGGAUUGUAUUACGGGGAAGCUCACUCACACAUUCAGCAGCAGCUGAACGCAACAGGUUGUUGGAGAAACCGAAAGAUCUAAUUGACGAGGCCGAUAUGCUGGUUUCGGUCUACCUUCUCGCUGUGUUGGCGUCAACAGGUGUAGAAGGUGCUUUUACUGUCGGGACCGAUAGCUCAAAUGUGAGGGUUAGAGAGAAUGAAGGGGCUGACCUCACCUGCAAACCCUCAGCCGACUUCGGGUCGACACCCCGGGUUGAAUGGAAGUUUAAUGUCUUGAAUGCCCAACGUUUCGUGGUUUUCGACGGGAAACCCACAGAAUCAUAUGCCAACAGAGUCGAGUUACUCAAUAAUGGUGUGCGCUUCAACAAGGUGACCCGCGGCGACAACGGAGAGUACGAGUGUGAGGUUUCUGGCAACAACAAUUUCGGAAAAGUCAUCGUGAAGUUGACCGUUCUGGUCCCCGUAGGGGCCCCAGUUUGCAACAUCCCGACCUCGGUGACCACCGACGGAAAGGCCAUCCUCCGAUGCUCCGACAAGGUCGGCUCCCCGCCGCCUAACUACAAGUGGUACAAAGGCGAUACCCUCCUUCCGGAGGACCCCAAAAAGUUCCCAAACUUCAAAAACUCCACCUACAGGAUCAACCCCAUCAACGGCAACCUGGAGUUCUCUCCCGUGACCAAAGCUGACUCAGGGGCUUAUUACUGUGAGGCUGUGAACUCAGCGGGCCCAGCGAAGAGAUGCAAGGCUGUGAGGAUGGAAGUCGAGGACGUGAAUACUGGCGGUAUUGUUGCCGCGGUGAUUGUGUCUCUUCUGCUGGUCGCCUUGCUAAUAGGUGGCCUUUGGUACGCUAACAAGAAGGGAUACCUACCCACACGGAGCGAAAGCAAGCCUAAACCAUCUGUCAUCUACCAACCCCCAUCCUCACGAGGCGGUGAGGAGGAGGAAGAUGGAGAAUUCCGACAGAAGUCCUCUUUUGUGGUUUAGUCUGGCAUCAGGUCGGUUCUUUGGAACGUUGUCACCAACGAGCAAGGAUCCCCGUUUUUAUUCUCUCACCUCCACAUUAUGGGAAUGGUUGCUUGUAUUCGUCCUGCUCUAAACAUCUGGAAAAAUCGGGCGGGCAAUUCAAACCCCUUAAUCUGUGUGUGUGUGUGUGUGUGUGUGUGUGUGUGUGUGUGUGUGUGUGUGUGUGUGUGUGUGUGUGUGUGUGUGUGUGUGUGUGUGUGUGUGUGUGUGUGUGUGUCUGGCUAUUUAGCGGUUGGUUUUGAAGUGCCUGUCGUGUAUCUUUGGGACGGAGUUGUAGUUCUAGAAGGAUCCAUGAUGCAAUGCUCUUCAUUCAGGUCAUUUGAGAUUAAUCAAGAGUCCUUCUUGAGACUUGUUUCUUAUACAUACUAGCUUCUAUUGCAAGUUAAUCUUUGAUAUUUUUUCUGAUCGUCUUUUUAUGCUUUGUUUUAUUUCUUUUUUUAUUAUGUGUCCAUUCAAUGUGAUGAACUAUUCCAUCAAUUCGUUUUACUUAAGGUUGAUUGAUUAAAAACAUUUGAAAGUGGUAUAAAGCAUACUUUUUCAUCAGCUCAAUUAAAAUUUGAGUAGUAGUGAUGUCACACAUGAGAUGAUGCAGAAAAUGUUGUGCUCAGGAACCAAAGGAAAUACAACGGCCCUGUUAAGUGUGUGUGUGUGUGUGAGAGAGUCUGAAGUAAGCCAGAAUGUACAGCGGUAUGCUAUAGUCUUUAGGAUAACGAUUAUGUCGUUUUUAAGUGUGAAAUAUGAAUUUCUUACAAAUGUAUGUCCCAUUUACCAACACCUACCAAAAAUGUAGUUUUCCAUAGACCGGGUAUGAGGUGGUUUUAAGUGUAAUCGAUGCAAUUAAUAAUCAUGUAGAGUUUUCCAUGUGUGGAUUAAAUACUUAAUACUGAA